GUGGCUGGGGAGCCGGGGCCCUGUACAGCGGGCAGUGACCCAGGCUCGAUUUGGAAUCGAGUGUUGGGCUCGUUCACCACCUGAGUGAACAAGCCACCACCGCCAAUCCCUGUGCCUCAGUUUUCUUACCUAAAACAGGGGGAAGGGGAGAUGGAUUAAACAAUGUUUAGGGGCCAUUCCCACUCUAACUCCUGUGGACAGGGACUUGGAGAUCCUCCCGGGGAAGCAGUCAGCAAUCGCUCCCAUCUGCCCGGGUUUUGUCCCCAGUUUGCUGCUUCCUUGAGUUGGGCCAAGGGGAGCCGAGGACCCCCUCCUGCCCAGACCUUGUCGAUCCUUCAUCCGACAGCUUCAUGGCAAAGCCCAUCUCACUUUUGCCUCUGUACCCCAAACCCCAGCACCUGGCAGGGAGAAGGUGGCAGAUAAAAGCUUGGCAAUGGAUUAAUUGAGGGGAGCCUCAGAGGGGCAGGACUGAAUGACCCCACUCCCCCUGGUGCGUUUGGGGCACGAUGACACUUUCUUGGAUUCAGUCAGCGGUCUUUGUGUCCUGCUGAGGGCCUUCCCACUCCCAUGUGAUCUUCCCAGGAGAUAACGGGCCCUCAGAGAGGCGCAGAGCUGGGAGAGGGGACGAGCUCACAAGGAGGCCCUCGGGAGGUCCUGGAGAAGGAGGCCGGGGUCAGCUUCAAGCGGCUGAGGGUGGUCUUUGGGGAGGAGGGUGGGAUUUGUGCCCCUUGUCCCCAGAGAAGUCACAGGGAGCCAGGUUCCAACUCAAUAGGAAGAAAAACGUCCUGACCAUGGAACGGGCCAUGGAGGGAGGAGUUCCCUGUCCCCAGAGGUGUCCAAGGGAAGGUAUAAACCCCACUGGAGUGGGAUGUCAAGAACUUCCUGUGCAGGUGCAGAGGGGAGCGGGUGUCCUGGGACCCGUCCGAUUCUCAGGUCUGUGGCUCUGUUGGACCAACCCCUUCCCAAAGAAUGAUGUCUACAGAGCUACCGAGCCUCUGCCACUGAAGGCGGGCCUGGAAGGCUGCUGCUAGGACCCAGGGCGGCUCACCACCCCCCCAGGGACUGCGCGAUCUUUAAAGGGCAGCGCCAGGAGUGACAGCCUGUACCAUCUCCAGGGAAGAGCAGCCGCAGCCGCUGGCAGAGGCCCGGCCUUGCCUGUCGUUCGCCCGGCUUGGGGGAGACUGUGCCCCCAGGGACUCGCCGGCUCCUGCUGCCCCCGGCCACCUCCUGGGAGGGCGUGAGAUAAGGAGACUGAGGUCCAGAGAGACCUGGCGAGUUGUCUAAGAUCACAAAGCUUUGUGAGUAUCAGAACUGAAUCCCGAACCCAGAACCCUCCCCCCAAUAUCACUUUCCCUUGGUCUCCCCAGUUGAAAGGAGGGCACAGACCUGGAACUUGGCUCCACCCCCUUGGUUUUCCCUCCCCUGGCCCAGUGCGACGUGGUCACAGAUGCCCGGGCUGCCCCCAGCCACUGGGAUCCCCAGGGCCAUGGCUUAGCCCCCGGGGUCCGAUGGCCAACAGGACAGAGCCCAACGAGACACUGGGGGCAGGGUUCCCCUCAUCCCCCCUGGUGGGACUCAUCCCAGCUGCCUUCCUGGAGGUGGUGACCCUUCUGGCCAACGGCACCGUGCUGGCCGUUGUCCUCCGCACGCCCGCCCUGAGAAAGGCCGUCUACCUUGCCCACCUCUGCCUGGUGGACCUCCUGGCAGCCGUCUCGGUGAUGCCCCUGGGCUUGCUGGCGGCGCCUCCGGGGCUGGGGACGGUGUACCUGAGCCGGGGCCAGUGCAGGGCCGCCCGCUUCGUCACCGCCACCUUGGUGACGGCCUGCACCCUGACGCUGGCCGCCCUGGGCCUGGAGCGCUACCGCUAUAUCCUGCACCCCCUGCGGCCCCGGCCCCGGCCCCCGCCCCUCCUGGUGCUGGGGGCCGUGUGGGGGGUCUCCAGCCUCCUGGGGGGGCUCUCCCUCCUGGGCCGGCCUUCUCCAAACUGCUCCCUGGUGGCCGGUCCCCCAGGGCCCUUCCGGCCCCUCUGGGCCAUCCUUGCCUUCGCGCUGCCCGCUCUGCUACUGCUCGUCUCCUACGGAAGCAUCUUCCGCGUGGCACGACUGGCAGCCCUUCGCCCCCCGCCCCCCGCCCCCGGCCCGCGGCCCCGCUGCGACUCCCUGGACAGCCACCUGUCCAUCCUGCCCCCCCGGCUGGCCAGCCCCCACCUGGUGGGGGGCAAGGCGGCCCUGACGCUGGCCCUGGUGGUGGGCCAGUUCCUCGGCUGCUGGCUGCCCUUCUUUGCUGCGUGUCUGCUCCCCGGGCGCUGGAGCGUCGGCGUGGAGGUGGCUCUCACCUGGCUGGCCUACUCCUCCUUCGCCGCCCACCCUUUCCUCUACGGCCUCCUGCAGCGGCCCGUGCGCGAGGAGCUGAGCCGUCUGGCCCGGGCCUGGCUCCGAGCACUCCCGGGACCCUGGCACUGCCCCCCGCGAGCUUGGCUCCCCCAAAGCUUCCUGAGGCUCCUCCGGGGAGACCCCGAGAGCCCAGCCCUGGAUCCUUCUGCUGGCCAGGAAGCAAACCCAAUGGCUGCAGAGGGGCCCGGCCUGGACCAGGGAGAGACCACCUGAACAAGGAGACUGAGGGGAGAAGGAGGAGGGGGAGGAAAGCCUGAGAUACCGGGGAGAGGUAUCUCCCCUUGGGGUGGGCUUGUGCCGUGUCCAUCCCGAGCCUCUGGGCCCCCAGGACUGUCGGGGACUACAGUCCCCAGGUGGCCCUGCCCGUGGGCCUGCCUGACCCACCCCCUCUGUCCCUCGGGGGAAGCCGUGUCCCACCUGGCCAGGAGUCCUUGGGUCUCCCCCUUCUCCCUGGGCCCCUUCCCCAAGGCCUCCUAAGCUGGCAGUGGGGAGGGGGUUCUCCCCUGCCCAGACCCCCACCCACCUGCUUUCCCGAUGGACCACCUCAGGGAGCUAAGGAAAGGAGUCUGGGGGAGCCUCCUCUGGGCUGCCACUGGCUUUAAGGUUCCAGCAUGUUCCAGGAAGGGGUCAGCGUCCUGGCGCGGGAGCCCCAGCGGGAUGACCUUGAAUCCCUGGCAAGGAGAGGAUCAAUGCCUGGGAGAAACAUAAAAGGCCAGGCCAGACCAGAUGGGGCUCGGAAACCCUCCGGGGGCUGCGCCCCAGACUCGGGUGGGGGCUGCGCCCCAGACUCGGGUGGGGGCUGUGCCCCAGACUCAGAGGGGGGCCGUCUCUGUUGGAGGGGGCAGACCCAGCUGCCCCGAACCUGGCAGAAACACCGGGGACCUGUGUUCCGAAGGUGACUUCUGCUCGCCUCUCCCCUGGCCCUCUCCUCUCCCCCCCAAUCAAACUGGAGACAUCCGGGUCACUGAGAAUAUUUAUUCAAAAA